AUGACUGAAAUAUGGGGAGAAAUUUCGCCGCCUAACAUCGUCCCUGAUAAAAUGGAUUUGUUUGGUCCCGCGAAUAAGCCAGAGAUUAGAAUUCAAGAACUAACCGGGGAACGUAUCAGGUUUAUACUUACAAACACAGAUUUGAGCAUGGCAAACGCCUUGAGGCGUAUAAUGAUAUCCGAAGUUGCAACAAUAGCUAUUGAUAUGGUCCAAUUCGAUCUCAAUACGUCUGUUUUGGCUGAUGAAUUUAUUGCCCAUAGGUUAGGAUUAAUACCAUUAGAUAGUACUGAGGCCGAUAAAAUCAAAUAUCCUCGG